AUGGCCAGGCGAACGAUGAGGUUGGAGAAUAUGGCGACCACCCCGGGGCGAGCGGAAAAGAGUCCGGUUGCUCCGGCCGGACUGCAUGUAUUGAUACAAAUUCAGCGCGUACGCGUGCUCGCUGCCAGCUCGACUCAUUUCCCGGCUUAUGGCAGAAUGGAGGUCAUAACCAGCAUUUUCAACUAUUUCUGGGCGUUACCGGCUAUGGUUAAGAUUCUCAUCGUCAGCUUGAUAGUUAUGGAUGUUGCGUUCUCAACCCUCUACGGAAUUACUGGCAAAUACAAGAAACUGUACAAGCUGGUGUUCCCCAAGCAGAAGAAGCAGUACAAGAAGUCCGGUGGCAAGAACUCUUAUAAAGCCGGAAAGGCCAAC